CCCAUAUAAGUAUAUACACUUAGUCAGCUGCUGUGUACGUAACACGUGACGUGAAGCAAUUAUAUAGUUUCUCCUAACUGAAUAUACACAUACUUUUUACAUUUCGAAAAAUGAGUUUCAUCCAUGGAGACUACAUACUGUCUCAUCGUUUCUCUUAAGUGAAAGUGAAUUCUCAAAUUCUUUCAAAUUCUUGACGUAGUCUUAUCCACUCAGUAAGUGAAUAAUUUUCGGAAUAAACAGAUCAAUAAUUAUUCAAGAAUAUAAAAUUUGUAAAAUAAGAAGCUGAUUGUUACUUUUCUAGAUCAUAGUUAAAGUUAUUUGAAUUUUAUAGAUAGUUUAUCUUCACAUCAAAUUAUUAUACGUUAUUGAAUACCAAAGGAUAUAUAUGAGAAUUGAUAGUUAUAGUAACCAGUUUUAUGCAGCAUCAAAAAUGUUUGUAUCAAAAAGAACUUUGAAAAUUGUUUCGGCAACUGCUGUGGGAUUAGGAACAUUAGCUUCACUGAGAGCAAAUGAAUAUGAUUUUGGAGCAAUUGGAAUUGUACGGCUAAGUCGUGCUGCAAGUACUGCUUUUGUUAUUGGUAGUCAUUAUGAAAAACAUUUGUAUAGAAGUGGUUUUGACAGAAAUUCUGAAGAAUAUCAAUUGAGAAAAUCAGAGGCACAUGCCUUUGGAGCACAGAAAUUACUAGAACUUUGCAGUGCAAAUAAAGGUGUAUAUAUCAAAGUUGGUCAACAUAUUGGAGCAUUAGACUAUUUACUUCCUAAAGAGUAUGUUCAAACUUUGAAAAUUUUGCAUAGUUCUGCACCUCAAUCUUCAUUCAAUGAUGUUCUUACUGUACUCAAAGAAGACUUCAAGAAAAAUCCUUAUGAAAUUUUUGAAUCCAUUGAACAAACUCCUCUUGGUACUGCAAGUUUAGCACAGGUACACAGAGCUACUUUAAAAAAUGGUAUUGAAGUAGCUGUAAAAGUUCAACACCGAGCUGUAAAAACUAAUUCAUAUGUAGAUAUAAAAACUAUGUCAGCUUUGGUAAAAAUAACAUCCUGGAUCUUCCCAGAUUUCAAAUUUGAUUGGUUAGUAGAUGAAACCAAAAAAAACAUUCCUCAAGAACUCAACUUUACACAAGAAGGAAAAAAUGCAGAAAAAGUCAGCCAAUUAUUUAAAGAUUACAAAUGGCUACAUAUACCAAAAAUCUAUUGGAAUAUCUCAUCUAAUCGAGUACUUACCAUGGAAUUUAUAGAAGGAGGUCAAGUUAACGACCUGAAAUAUUACCGUGAACAUAAAAUUAACCCUUAUGAUAUUAGUAACAAAAUAGGUAGUCUUUACAGUCAUAUGAUAUUUAUUACUGGAUUUGUUCACUCUGAUCCACAUCCUGGAAAUAUAAUUGUUAGAAAGAAAAAUAAUGAAGUUCAAGUUGUACUUCUCGAUCAUGGUUUAUAUGCUGAAUUGUCAAAUGAAUUUCGAUGGGAAUAUUCAAAAUUAUGGCUUGCAAUUUUGAACAGUGAUAAAAUUGCCAUGCAAAGGCAUUGUGAUAAGUUAGGUGUUGGUGAUAUGUAUGGUUUAUUAGCAUGUAUGGUUGCUGGUAGAACCUGGGAUACUUUAAUGAGUGGUAUACAAAAAACAAAAUAUACCAAGGGAGAGAAAGAGUUAUUUCAAAAAGAAAUUCCUGAUCUAUUACCCAAAAUUACUGAAGUACUAGAAAGAGUAAAUAGACACAUGUUAUUAGUUCUAAAAACUAAUGAUUUAAUUCGUAGUAUCGAAUAUAAUUUGAAUACCCAAGCUCGCAUGUCUGCUUUUUUGCAAAUGUCUACAUGUUGUAUAAAAUCAGUUUAUGGAGAAAAAUUCAGAAAUUGUAAUUCUAAGUGGUCAAGAUGCUUAAUAUCUUUACAGGAGCAUUGGUCUCUAUUUAAAGUUGUUAUAUAUUAUACGUAUUUAGGAAUGAUUAACUUUAGUUUAAAAGAUUUUAUAUUUUCAUUUUAUAAAGAAGAAAUUGAGUUAGUUUGAUUAUAACUCAAACUAGGAUGUUAAAAUUAUCAUUGGAAAACUUGAGAUUGACAAAAAGUAUAAGUUUAAUUCAUGUGCAUACGUAAAAAAUCAAUUAUUGAAUGUAAUUGUAUCACUUGUUAUAUCUUUAAUUUCAAAUGGAAUAUUACUAUACAAAUAAUAAAGAUUUAUAUUUUUAUAGUUUCUUACCUAGAAACUUGUAA